AUGCCCCCGCCGGCCGCCGCGCUCCCCAGCAGCAUGCUCUAUUUCCAGAUGGUGAUCAUGGCAGGGACGGUGAUGCUGGCGUACUACUUCGAGUACACGGACACGUUCGCCGUGAACGUGCAGGGCUUCUUCUGCCACGACAGCGCCUACCGCAAGCCCUACCCGGGCCCGGAGGACAGCAGCGCCGUGCCGCCCGCGCUCCUCUACUCCCUGGCCGCCGGGGUCCCCGUGCUCGUGAUAAUAGUUGGAGAGACUGCAGUGUUUUGCCUGCAACUGGCCACAAGGGAUUUUGAAAACCAGGAGAAAACGAUUUUAACCGGAGACUGUUGUUAUAUAAACCCACUGGUGCGGAGGACCGUAAGGUUUCUUGGAAUCUACACGUUCGGACUCUUCGCCACCGACAUCUUCGUGAACGCGGGGCAGGUGGUCACAGGGAACCUGGCCCCGCACUUCCUGGCCCUGUGCAAGCCCAACUACACGGCGCUGGGCUGCCAGCAGCUUACGCAGUUCAUCAGCGGCGCGGAGGCCUGCACCGGCAACCCCGACCUCAUCACCAGGGCCCGGAAGACCUUCCCCUCCAAGGAGGCGGCCCUCAGCGUCUACGCCGCCAUGUACCUGACGAUGUACAUAACCAACACGAUCAAAGCCAAAGGGACAAGACUCGCGAAGCCGGUCCUGUGCUUGGGCUUAAUGUGCUUGGCCUUCCUCACUGGACUCAACAGAGUGGCGGAAUACCGAAAUCACUGGUCAGACGUGAUAGCAGGCUUUCUGGUUGGAAUAUCCAUAGCGGUAUUUCUGGUCGUGUGCGUGGUGAACAAUUUCAAAGGGAGGCAGCCCGAACAGGAGCGCGUGCACGUGGACGGUCUGGCGCACGCGCCGAUGAUCAGCAUUCCCCGGGUGGGAAGCCCCCUGGAAAAGGUGACGUCUGUACAGAACCACAUCGCCGCCUUUGCAGAAGUCACAUGAUACGGAAGCCGCCGGGUUCUCCCUGCAUUGGACAUCGUCCCUGUUCAGCAUCCAUCCGUAACACCCAAAGCUUGUUUGAUUGCGAAAGAAGUUUCUAAAGUUGUCUAAUAAUUUUUAUAAUUUUAAAACCAGUGUCGAUGUGUCUGUCCCCCCACUAGACUGUGAGCUCCUCAAAGGCAGGGCUGUGUCUUUCUUCUCUGUACCCCUUCCCAAGACCUACAACAACGCCUCCCACAAAGCAGGCGUGCAAUUAAAAUGGGGUCACCCGAUGAACAAAUUAAUUCUGCAGUAUAACACCCACGUUGGUUUCUCAGAGAAUUACCGGAACUACGUGAAAAGAAACCUCUGCACAAGUCCUAUUUGCAUAAGAAAUUCCUCCAUUUGGGGCUAGUUAUGCUUUUUAAUUUUUCCUAUUAUCUUUUCAGUAGUAUACCGUUAUUUCAUUUGAAGUGGACUUAUUUCAUUAGAAGUGGGGGUUUUUACUUUGCUAUUCAGCAUGACAUUAUUUCCAUCCCAACAGGUUUCAGUGUGUGCAAUUACUUUUAGAAUGUAUAUUCUAAACUAAAAUAAUGUUGCACAUAGUUUUAUGCUCUAUUUCCCUUAAAAUGCCAUCCAUUCUAUACCUUCUAAGACUGGUGCUUCUGCUUUUGAAGGGGAAAAUGCCAAUUUUUACUGUAAUAAGUAAUGUAUC